AUGCGCAAGACGCUGGCCUUCUCGCCCGCCGCCAUGACGUGUCCCAACCUGGUGCCUAAAUUCUACAGAUCUGUAAUUGAAGAUGUAAUUGAAAGAGUCCAGCAUCUGUUUGCUGAAGAAGGUGUAGAGGAACAAGUCUUAAAAGAAUUGAAGCAGCUCUGGGAAACCAAGGUUUUACAGUCUAAAGCAACAGAAGACUUCAGAAAUAGCAUCCCUUCACCUCUCUCCACCUUCCAGUUGCCACACGGCUUGCACCAAUCAUUGCAAACAUCAACAGCAAGUCUAGUUAUUCCUGCUGGUAGAGCUAUUAUUCCAAGUUUCAACACAGCAGAACUGGGAAGCUCAAACUCCAGUGCAAAUUUUGCUUUUCCUUCCGCCAUUGGUUAUCCCAUUCACGUGCCAGCAGGCAUGUUCCAGGCUGCAUCAGGUCACCUUUAUAACCUCAAUAUGCCAGUUAUAGUGACACAGACUGUGGGAAGAACAGGUAUCCUUCAGCAUCCAGUUCAGCAAAUAUUUCAUCAGCUGGGGCCUCCUUCGGUAAUACAGACCAGCGUUCCACAGUUGAGCCCGUCUUCUCUUCACGCGAAUCCUGAAAGAGCACAGAGACUAGAAACAGUGUUCCAACAGCCUACAAUUCUACAUCCUGGGACAGUGGAUGGAAAACACGUAGGGAAAGUUAACACUGACAUAUUUGUACCUUCUGGAAGUGAGCAUACAGUCGUGUCUGAAGCAGCUUUGUUGUGUGGCCCAGAAAGCCCUCAGUAUGUCAGCCUUCCACGUGUUGUGCUUGCCCAGCAAGUUUCUCCCAUAGAUUCUGAUGUGAAAUCAGUGCUUGGUGUGUCACCUCACCUGACUCAAAAUCUGCCUGGUGGGUCCUUCACCAUGAGCCCUCAGAGUGCUCUGCAUCAGGCCACGCCUGUUCUUAAAAAUAGGACGUAUGGAUAUGAUUCUGCAAUGCAAGCAAGAAAUCCAGAGGAUCCCAGCAGCCUUCCUGCCUCAGAGAAGGAUCCCUAUUCUCAGAUGGAUUUAAGUAUUUCCACCAGUGAGGCUGACAGUAAUGAAAUAAUCCAAAUUGAUGGACCUGGAGAUACAUCUUCCAAUGAAGAAACAGGCAGUGCAAAAGAUGUAGAUGAGAAUGAAUUUUAUGAGAUUGUCAGCACAGAAGAUCUGAAAUUACUUGAAGAGGAAAGUGGCAGUUUAUCCAAUGAAGAUUCUGCUCUCAGCAGUGAUACUGAAGAUCCUGAAAGAGAGAUUGUAGAAGAGGACCCUUUAAAUUCUGGAGAUGAUGUUAGUGAACAGGAUAUACCAGAUCUCUUUGACACGGAUAAUGUCAUUGUCUGUCGGUAUGACAAGAUUCAUCGAAACAAGAACAAGUGGAAAUUCUAUUUGAAAGAUGGUGUUAUGUGUUUUGGAGGGAAAGACUAUGUAUUUUCAAAAGCAAUUGGUGAUGCAGAGUGGUAA